UCAUUCUGGCCAACGCCCAGGUGUCACAGGGGUUCCCCAUUGUCUACUGCUCCGAUGGCUUCUGCGAGCUCACGAGCUUCUCCCGCGCCGAGGUCAUGCAGAAGAGCUGCGCCUGCAAGUUCCUGUACGGCCCCGAGAGCAGCGAGGGCGUCAUCCUCAGCAUCGACGACGCGCUGGAGGAACGCAAGGAGUUCAAGGACGAGAUCAUGUUCUACUCCAAGACAGGAGUGCUGUUCUGGUGCCUGCUGGACAUCGUUCCAAUUAAGAACGAGAAGGGAGACGUGGUUCUCUUCCUGGCCUCCUUUAAGGACAUCACAGACACCAAAGGCAGAACCAUCCCAGAGGAGAAGAAAGAAGAGCGCAGGCCGGGCAAGAUAAAGACUGGUUCACCGUUCAGUUCGGCUCGUCUGAGCAGCAACACGGUGCUGCGCCACAUCUCUGGACACCUUCACAGCAGGGAGAAGAAGAAGAGCAAAAUCAAGCUCAACAAGAAUGUGUUCGGGGACCCCCCCGCCCUGCCAGAGUACAAGGUAGCGGAUGCCAAGAAGUCCAAGUUCAUCCUGCUCCACUUUAGCACCUUCAAGGCGGGCUGGGAUUGGCUGAUCCUGCUGGCCACCUUCUACGUUGCCGUGACGGUGCCCUACAACGUGUGUUUCAUCGGCGACGACGACCUGACCCGCAGCACCACCGUCAGCGACAUCGCCGUGGAGAUACUCUUCAUCAUCGACAUUGUGUUCAGUUUCCGCACAACGUACGUGAGCAAGUCGGGUCAGGUGAUCUUCGAUGCACGGCUGAUCUGCAUCCACUACAUGACUACCUGGUUCAUCAUCGACCUGGUGGCCGCACUGCCGUUUGACCUCCUCUAUGCAUUCAAAGUCAGCGUGGUGUCCGUGGUGCACCUGCUGAAGACGGUCCGUCUGCUGCGCCUGCUGCGCCUGCUGCAGAAGAUGGACCGCUACUCCCAGCACAGCACGGUGGUCCUGACCCUGCUCAUGUCCAUGUUCGCCCUGCUGGCCCACUGGAUGGCCUGCAUCUGGUACGUCAUCGGCAAGAAGGAAAUGGAGGCCAACGCCUACUCCUGGGACAUCGGCUGGCUCCAUGAGCUGGGCAAGCGUCUGGAGUCUCCGUACGACGCCCUGGGGAUGGGGAACGGGACGGGGGCCAGCGGGCCCUCCCUGAGGAGCGUCUACAUCGCCUCGCUCUACUUCACCCUGUCCAGCCUCACCAGCGUGGGCUUUGGCAACGUCUGCGCCAACACCGACGCCGAGAAGAUCUUCUCCAUCUGCACCAUGCUCAUCGGAGCUUUGAUGCAUGCCCUGGUGUUUGGUAACGUGACAGCCAUCAUCCAGCGAAUGUACUCGCGCUGGUCCCAGUACCACACCCGCACCAAAGAUCUCAAGGACUUCAUCCGUGUCCACCACCUGCCCCAGAGCCUCAAGCAGCGAAUGCUCGAAUACUUCCAGACCACCUGGUCUGUGAACAACGGCAUUGACUCCAACGAGCUGCUGAAGGACUUCCCUGACGAGCUGCGCUCCGACAUCACCAUGCACCUGAACAAGGAGAUCCUGGAGCUGUCGCUGUUCGCCUCGGCCAGCAGGGGGUGCCUGCGCUCGCUGUCCCUCCACAUCAAGACCACCUUCUGCGCCCCGGGGGAGUACCUGCUGAGGCAGGGAGACGCACUGCAGGCCAUCUUCUUCGUCUGCUCCGGGUCCAUGGAGGUGCUGAAGGACGGCAUGGUGCUGGCCAUCCUGGGUCAUCUCCAGAAUGGUCAACAAACCAUUAGAUACUCAGGGGUGCCCGCCAGGGACGGGUCCAGCUGCAGGCUCCCGGCGGGCCGGGACAAGCAGGACAGCCGAGCGGAGCAACAGAGCAGCGGGAGAUCCAAGAGGAGAUCCAAGAGGAAGAUCAAGAUCCAUCAGACAGCCCUCACCAUGGUAGUGGAUGGUACAGAGGACAGUGAUGGAGCUGAGAGCUCCCCAGCUUUCUCCUUCUCCCCCAGUCGAGCGCGUCCGGUCAGCUCCCCAGCCUCAGUCCCAGCCUCAGCCACAGACAUUCUGCAGGUCAGCACUGCAGAGUUAGCAGCCAAGGCGGACGAGACCAGGGGAAGACUACAACACCUUGACCAGGAGGUGACCUCUCUGGGGAAGGAGGUAGCGGACCUGGGGAACUUGAUGAAGGGCAUGGCCCACCUGAUGGAGUCGCUCCUGUCAACGCCCCCUUCAGUCUGCCCCACCCACUUCUCCUCCAGACACUCCGCCUACCUUUCACACCCCACCCCCCCUCAGUCGUACCCCUCUGAGACUGCGCCCCUCUGGACGGACACGGCCCUCGCCACCGCCUCUCCUGUCACGCUCGCCCAGCGGCACCUUGGGAUACGACAUGCAAACACUGACUCAGCCGUCCAGCCUAGACCACCGGAGACCCAGCUGAGGUACUCCUGUCCCGGCCCAGCCCCGGGACCCCGCUCACCCCCCUUCCUCCCGUACAGCUCCCUCCAGCCAGCCCUGUCCUCCUCCUCCCUUACGGACACCUCCACGGAGCCCCUGCUGCCCCCCUCGCCCCUUGCCUUGUCUGGGACCCGCCUCUACAGGACGGGGGACGCUAGCAGCAGGUCACGGGCGCACAGUCUGGAGACCCCUCCUCCACCUCCGCAGGAAAGGACACACAGGGGCGUUUCUGCCCUCCUCCACAGCUCUGGGAGUCUGCCUCGACCCGGCAGGAGGUACCUGUACAGGGAUUUGUAGCAGACUGUUGUGGACCGGACUCUAUUGUGGACUCAUGUGGACUAAUUGGUGGCCUGGCUUAGGUAUCUGUAGACAGCUACAGACUGGACAGAUAACCAGGUUCCAGUAUCAGCAGUGUGACUGUGACAGGAACGCACAGAGAUCUUCUAUAGCAACUUCUCAUUUCCUUUGGUUUCCAAGGCACGUUUUUUAAAAUAUAAAACAAUAUAAAAUAGCAUGGGGGAAAGUAAAGAUGCUGCAGCUAGCUAGGUGCUGUAGUAAUGUUAGAUUUACAUUGUAGAGAUAUUAGGAUAUAUCGAGUUGUACUGUAGAUGCACGAUGGGUGGCAGAAUGAUGGUGGCUACCCCACCACCCCCCCACUACCUCCUUCUCCCCCAGGCCAAUAGGAGAAGAACAGCAGGAAGACAACGUUAUUGAGGACAGCGGGAUUAAAGGAGAGUGGAUCUGGGCUGGAGGAGAAAAGGAUGGAGGAGGUGGAGGGGGUUCUUUCCUGCUCCUUGCCCACGGCUCGUUUC